AUGGUCGAUAACAAAUCCAACACACUCAACAUCAUGUCGAACAGACUCGUUUAUGUUAAUUUCAAGUUCAGAACUCUCUUCAUUCUCAGACAACAAAUACCAUGCAUCUCAUCCACAUCACCCUUCUCCACUCAUCCAAGAAACAUCGAUCCCGGUCAACAGAUGAAGUUACUCAAUGACAAAAAGCAGUUCAAACAAACCAUUGAGUUGUUCGAGAGAGAAACGAAGAAGAACAAGGAACAACUGUCCAGUUUCAUCAUCGAUCAGGCGUUGAAAGCAUGUGUACAAGUGCAUGACUUUCGACGUGGAAAAGAUAUUCAUCAGUUGGUUCAACAUCGAUUAUCAGCUGAUUCUUCGUUAGUGAAAUCUCUCAUUCACUUCUACAUGCAAUGUCAUGAUAUGAACACAGCUGAAUCUCUAUUCCACAUGUCGACAAACAAAACGGUGUAUAUUUGUAGUGUGAUGAUGAAGGGAUACAUUGAAAAUGGGAAACCAGAGAAAGCGAUUGAAGUUUUCAAAGGAAUAGAUAAACCUGAUGCAGUUCUGAUCACAUUGUUGUUCAAAGCUUGUGCUCAAGUAGAAAAUCCCAAUGAAAUUCUUAUCGUACUUCUGUUCAAUGCGUGUGCUCGACUACCCUCAAAACAAUCGUUGAAUUUAGUCAAGAAUACCUGGGAACAGUCUCAAGUUAAAUCUCUUCAUAACGAUAAUGUAUUAACUUCUGUGAUCGAUGCGUUGAUGAAAUGCGGAGAUAUCAAGAGUGCGGAAACUGCUUUUGAUACAUCAUUAAACAAGUCGGUAUAUAUGUAUGGUGCAAUGAUGAAAGGGUAUAUAAAAAAUGAAAUGCCAGAGAAAGCGAUCGAUCUUUUCAAACAAAUCACACGUCUUGAUGCAGUUCUCGUCACACUGUUGUUCAAGGCUUGUGCUCAAACACCAUCAAAGGAAUCGUUGAACUUCGUGAAAAACAUCUGGAAGAAGUACCUAAACACGUCUCUUCUCAAUCCCCAUGCAUUUAGCUCUCUAAUCAGUGCUUUAAUGAAACAUAGUGAUGUGAAGAGUGCAGAAAAUGUGUUUCACCAACGAUCGAACAAAACCCUAUCAAUGUACGGUGCGAUGAUGAAAGGAUACAUAGAUAAUGAGGUGCCACAGAAAGCGAUUGAUCUUUUCCGACAGGUGGACAAUCCUAAUGAAAUUCUCAUUCUACUACUAUUUAAUGCAUGUGCUCAACUAACCUCAGAACAAUCGUUGAAUUUAGUCAAGAACGUCUGGGAGCAAUCUCAACGCAGAUCUCUUCUUAGCGACAAUUUAUUAACUUCUGUAAUCGAUGCUCUCGUGAAAUGCGGAGAUGUUAGGAGUGCGGAAGUCGUUUUCGAUGAUUCACCAAACAAAUCGAUAUCGAUGUAUGGAGCGAUGAUGAAUGGAUACAUCAAGAAUGAUAUGUCGAAGAAAGCGAUUGAUCUUUUCCAACAAAUCAAAGAUCCGAAUGAGGUUACCAUAACACUUAUGAUUCAAGCUCUCAUGAAAUGCAAUAAUGUCAAAGACGCAGAAACAUUUUUCCACAGAUCAACAAACAAAUUCGUGCGGAUGUACGGAGCAAUGAUGCAGGGGUACAUAAACCAUGAGAUUCCAGAAAAAGCGGUUAAUCUUUUCAACCAAGUUAACGAACCUGACGAGAUUUUAGUCACACUCCUGUUCAAAGCUUGUGCUCAAAUGCCAUCAGAACAAUCGUUGAACUUAGUCAAAAAUGUCUGGGAACAAUAUAGCACUAAACUUGUCCGUAGCGAAAAUACACUAACUUCCCUAAUCAAUACUCUCAUGAAAUGUGGCGACGUCAACCAUUCAGAAGCCGUUUUCACUGAAUCACGGCACAAAUCGAUAUCGAUGUACGGAGCAAUGAUGACAGGUUACAUUGGGAAUGAAAUGUCGGAAAAAGCGAUUGAUCUCUUUAAGCAAAUCAAUGAUCCAAAUGAGGUUAUCGUCACACUACUCUUCAAUGCUUGUGCUCAACUACCCUCACAACAAUCGUUGGGCUUGCUCAAAACCGUGUGGAAGAAGUAUCAAAACACGUCUCUUCUCGAUGAUCAUGCGCUAACUGCUUUAAUCGAUGCUUUCAUGAGGUUUGGAGAUGUUAAUGGAGCAGAGACGAUCUUCGACAAGUUACCACACAAAGUGUUACCUAUGUAUGGAGCUAUGAUGAAAGGAUACCUUCUCAAUAAAACACCAAACAAGACUCUUGAUCUCUACCAUCAAACCAAAAACAUGAAGGAAACACAGUCAAAUUUCGUCAUUUAUCUACUUGCGAUCAAUGCAUCGGCACAGAUUGCCAUGGCAUCCCAAUGUCAGGCUAUUGUGGAUGACAUUCCACUACAGAUCAUUUCUAAUAGCAAAAUAUCUAACGCUCUCAUAGAUAUGUGGGGUAAAGCUGGUUGUGUGCAAAAAGCUGAAGAGGUUUUCGCCAAUCUUUCAUCGAUUGAUCAAGUCGGAUAUGCAUCAAUGAUUCAUGUUUAUGGCAUCAAUGGAAUGGGUGUGAAAGCACUCCAACUUUUCCAUCAGAUUCCACGAUCGUUGCUUGCCGAUUACACUUAUGUUUGUGUUCUCAAUGCAUGUUCGCAUGCUGGACUCGUUGAUCAAGCUCGCUCGAUCUUCACCAGCAUCGAAUCGAAAACAGAAAAGCAUUAUGCCGCAACGAUGGAUUGUCUAAGUCGAGGAUCACUGUUCGAUGAAGCACAACAGCUGAUCAAUCAAUAUGAACUGCAUCAUCCACCUUCACCUGUCAUGUACAGUAAGUCAGUCGGUAGAAGAGAAAUAUCUAUGAGACGGGUUGUGUUUGAGAAUAUGGAAACAGUUCUCUUCAUGAUCGAAAUGAAUGAGUGAAUGAAUUGAUUUCGUUGUAGUGGCAUUACUAUCAGCUGCAAGAAAUCGAAGAAACAAACAGCUAGUCGAAAGCAUUCACCAACGGAUGAAGAAGCUCUUUCCUCGCUUACCCGAUCUGAUCACA